UAUUAUAUAAUACUAAUAUCUCACUCUGAUGUAAUCUUAACUACCAGUGCUCCAUUUUAACUCCUAGGUCUCAACAACAGCACGCGCGCACCACUCCCAAGCCAAACCCACCGCCAUGUCAACCACCACCACCGAACCACCACCAACACCACUGCAAAUCCUAAUACCCUCCCUCCCAAACGACAUCGCCUUAAACAUCUUAGCCCGCAUCCCAAGGUCCUAUCACCCACGACUUGCCCUCGUCUCGAAACCUUUCCGUUCCAUCCUUUCCUCCCCUCUACUCUACACAACUCGCUCCCUCCUCAAUACCUCUCAACACUUUCUCUACCUUUCCCUCCGUAUCCCCACCACAACUUCCCUGCAGUGGUUCACGCUCUAUCCAGACCACACAAAAAAUUCCUUAAUUCCACUCACUCCCGCACCUUCCCCUCUCGUGGGCUCCGCUUUCGCCGCUGUGGGAUCCAAGAUUUAUGUCAUCGGUGGUUCGAUCAAUGACAUCCCGUCCCCCCACGUGUGGGCACUGGACUGCCGGUCCCACACGUGGGAGGCUGUCCCUAACAUGAGAAUUUCGCGUGAGUUUGCUGCUGCUGGGGUUGUGGAUGGGAGAAUUUAUGUGAUUGGCGGUUGCGUGGUGGACACGUGGGCGAAGUCUAGGAAUUGGGCGGAGGUUUUUGAUCCGAAAACGGAGAGGUGGGAUUCUGUUGAUAGUGGAAAGGAUGAUUUGUUACGCGAAAAAUGGAUGCACGGAAGUGCUGUAGUAAAUGAGAGAAUUUAUGUGAUGGCGGAUAGGAAUGGGGUUGUUUAUGAACCGAAAACGAAGAAAUGGGAGAGUGUGGAGAGUGAAUUGGAUUUAGGGUGGAGAGGUAGAGCAUGUGUGGUUAAUGGGAUCUUGUAUUGUUAUGAUUAUGUGGGAAAUAUUAGGGGUUUUGAUGUGAGGAAUGGGGCUUGGAAGGAGCUGAGGGGGGUUGAAAAGGAGUUGCCGAGGUUUUUGUGUGGUGCCACAAUGGCGAAUGUAGGUGGGAAGUUGGUGGUGGUUUGGGAAAGAAAAGGGAAUGUUAAGGAAAUGGAGGUUUGGUGUGCGGAAAUUGAGGUGGAGGAGAAUGGAGAGGGGGAGUUGCGGGGGAGGGUUGAGUGGUGUGAUGUUGUUCAUAAGGUUCCCAUUGGGUCGUCUAUUGUUCAUUGCUUGGCUGUUUCGAUGUGAGGAUUUAUCGCAGCGCACCAAAUAUUGCAAUUCGGAGAUGCCUUAAGCAAGAUUGGAAGAAAAACAAGAGUAAUAGGAACUGUUAAGUACAAAUAUCAGAUGGAAAAUUGCUAUCCUGAUUGGGAAUAGUGAGAAUCAGCAACGCUGUUAAUCUUGCAGAAAAAUAAUUAAUAGGGAAUCUCCCUCUUUGAAGAGGAAAAAUAACUCAUUACAGGGGAAUUUUUUAUAGUUGUACAAGUGUCGCAGCUGAUAUUAGACAAGAUCGAAGGAAGAUAUUGCUUGAAGAUGCUGCCAGAAAAAGAAAAAGAAAAAGAAAAGACAAAAGGCUUGAUGGGACUGCGAGCUUGAGGAUGAAAUUGUGAGUGCACACCAUGCACCAUGCAGAAGAUGGAUUUAUAAUUAUGGAAGACAAGAAAGAUUGAAGCAGUAUCAGAGACAUCUAUAGAGAGAGUGGAGGUGCGUUCCGUGGAGAUGGUGAUGGAAGAUCAUACCUCUAUCUUCAUUUUUCAUGUAAAUCAUCAAGUGAAGGUAUAGAUAAUAUAUCGUACCAUUGUGCUUCAUACUUGUCAAAUCCACUAUCCCAUCAAGACUUUGGAGCACAUAUGACAGGUUCUCAGAAUGGCCACUAUUCAUGGGGUGAGCGCGAUAUCUCGAUGGCUCUUCUGGACAGUGUUUUUAAGAACAGCGAAUAAUGAUCUGUAAUAUUCUUCUGUCCUUUUCAAUUGUUCCCGUGAUUUUCUUGUUU